GGCAUAACUUUUUCAAGAAAGACACUCCUCUGACAAGGCAGCCUGUACAAUGUCAGUCAGGCCAGGCCUAACGAACACCGACCUCGGCGGCACCACUCGCGGCUCCUGCGCGUCCCUGGACUGCUCGUGUGGGGCUUUUGUGACCCGUGAGGACGCAUUUGGAUAUGCGGACUGUCCGGCCGGUUGGUGCUUGAUAUGUGGCCAUCCACCAGCACAGCACGGGACUUUAGUGAAAACAAUCUCGUUAAGGAGGCCAAUACGGCACUGAGAAGAGUGCAAUAUUCAUUGCUUGGGUCAACUUUGGCACAAAAAUACCCGGACAUGCUUUGGGACCGACCGAAACCUGGGACCAAGCUCUCAACGAGACAGACACGUCUCUGGAGUGUAUUCAUGUGCCGGUUAACAGCGAGGCGAAAGAUGAGGUACGCACGAGAAAAAAAAGACAAGGCGCAGGCAAACAAUGGAGCGGAUCAGUAUGAUGUAGACACUCUAGCGCAGCAGUCCACCCCAGAUGCUCUCAAGGAACUGGAGUCCAUCGACUCUGCUGUCAAGUGCCCAGCCUCAGUAAAUGUGCCAUAUGUAGUCAAGCUCCUCAAAGUGACAUUUGAAGAGAGGAAAGGCACCGUCUUGGACAAACUUCCAGUCUACUUCUUGAAUGCUGAAUGCCUGCUGGCAGAAUGCGAGCUGCACUUCGCCAUGAGUUUUACAAGCAUGAAAGGCGUGUGCACCAGCAUACUGGAGGGCUUUGGCAAGGAUCACGGGAUACGCCAAGCAACACUGAUGGACGUUCAAGCCUUUCUGCGGUCAAGAUCAUCCCGCGAUGAUGCUUUGAGCACGGUCAGUCAAAUUUACUAA